AUGCUCGCCCUCCUCGCCCUGGCCGUGGCCAUGGUCACCGGCGCCCACGCCGCCGCCAACACAACCACCACGCUCACCCCUGUCCUGCGGCCCGAGUGCAACAAGACGGACCCGGCCAACCUUGUUCCGUCCAACGACAUCACUCUCAACUACGGCGCCGCCGACGACGUGAGCCUCGUCAGCGUCGUCCUGGCCAUGAAGUACCCCUCGGUCGUCCUCGAGGAGGUCGCGGCCAUUGCGAGCGUCGAGUGCGCUGAGGACGCGAGCAUCACCGUCACCUUCAACGCCACGGCCGCCUUUGAGCAGACGUCUCAGCAGUGGCAGGCGCUCGACGACUUUGUCAUGGUCACGAAUCACCUGGGUAACUGCGAUGCCGAGAACGAGCGCGGCUUCUUCUUGGUUGACACCGUUACCUGGGACGCCGAGACUCUUCAGGUUGUUGCGAACGCUCACAAGAGCGACGUUGCCAACACGGCUACAUCUACGGAGAUUUCCUUCUCCAACGUCCCUGUUCAGAACCCCGCCAGCAAGCGUGACAUCAAGUGGGACGACGGCGGCGUUCACAUCACGAACACCCUCGCCCUCCCCGCCGACACGAACCUCUUCACCUACGACCCGUACCUCUCCGUCACCGCCGACGAGGCCUCCCUGACGUCCAACAUGACCUUCUCCGGCACACUCAAGUACAGCAUCAUCCCCCUCAAGGUUGAGCAACUCGCCCUCGACAUUGACACCACCUUUGACGCGGUCCUCGGCCUCACCGUCGACGUUAAGGCGCCGUACUCUGGUAACUUUACCUACGACCCCGAAGACCUGGGCUACAACUUCGUCGACAUCCCCGGCAUCAUCAAACUCGGCCCCGCAAUCGGCUUCGCCAUCGGCGUCGAACUCGAAGCCGACGCCAAAGCAUCCAUUACCACGGACCUAGGCAUCUCCUUCCCCGACGCGAAACUCCACCUCGACCUCGUCGACGCCGCAUCCUCUUCCGCCACGGGCUGGGACCCUGUCUGGACCGCGCGCGCCAACAUUUCCGAAAAGGCCGCCGUCGGCGUGAACCCCUACGUCGACCUGGGUGUCGAGCUCGUGUUUGAGAUCCUCGGCGGCGCCAUCGAUCUCAGCUCGGGGGUAACGUCGCGCUCUAAGCUGGUGAAUGACUUUGUGCUGUCUGCGAGCCAGGGGGUGAAUGGGACGGGUAUCAGUGUUGGUCAGAAUAAUACGGGUUGUGAGGAGGGGCUUUCGGUGAAGAGUGAUUUCUUUUUUAGCGUUGUUGGGUUUGCGACGCAGUGGUGGUCGCAGGAGCUUUACAGUGUUGAGGUGCCUGUUGCGGAUGAGUGUUAUACUUGGUUGUGA